AGGAGCAGGAGCUGCUGGAUCCGCCUGCCAGUCCAGAUUCAGGGUUUAUUUCUCCUCGCCGCGUCCAGCUGGUUCUGAUCCGGUUCUCCCGGGACCAUCUCAGUCUGUCCGGCGGCUCCAGCUGCCGCGGUUCGGACAGCCGGGUCGGGUUCCUCCGGGUCAGAGGGGAGAUGAGAAUCAUUUAUUAGCUGCAGCGUCAGGAAGGAGCUUUAGGAAGUUUGGUUAGGAAACCCUGAUCCCGUCCGCAGAGACGAACCGAACCGAACCGAACCUCCAGGAUGCUGUCAGGGAAUCCCGGGACUUAAUUCCUGAUCCACGGAUCCGGAUCUUCUGUGAGGAACGAGAUUAUUUCAGUUUUUGUUCUGGAAUCAGGAGGAAGUUUGAUCUGCAUCUCCUGAACUGUGAGGAGGAAAUCUGGAGUUUCCGUCCAGAUCCAACAGAACCGUCAAGAGUUCGGUUUCCUGACUUGAUUGGAUCAUUUAGGAGUAAAAAGGAAAACAUCAGAUUUACCUGCCAGGUACUGAAGAUCAAAGCUGCAGCUGUCGGGUUUCCAUCCCGUCUUCAACAGAACCAGUUUGGACCAUUUAGGAACCAGACGAAGUUCUGCUGGUUUCAUUUUCCUGUUCGGCGUUAAAUCGGAUCGUCUGGAAGGAAACUGAAGGUUUCCUGCUGUUUCCUGACCCAGUUUAAGGUUCGGAUUCUGCAGCAGCUUCAGGAAAACAUGAAGGUCAAAAACCAGAUCCUCCCUCUGAAGAAAAGAUCCAGGAUUUUCUCCGUUUCCUUCUUUUUGUCUUUAGUGUCGUUUUUAUUGUGGAAAGUUUUUUAACUUCACAUGAACUGUGACGAACGCCAAGCUGAGGAUUCUUAGAAAACCUGACGGCAUCACAGAGCUGCAGGUUUCCAGAAACAACUUUCUGAUACAAACCAGAAGAAUCUGGAAAUGAAACCGAUUCAUUUCUGCAGGAAAAACUUCAGGUUCCUGCUGGACGAUGGACAGGUCAGCCAGUUUCCACCAAACAGGGUUUUCUCCGUUUUCUCGGGUUUAUUUUACAAUAAAGCUGAAAUAUUUUAUUCAAAUUAAAAGCAGAAGAAACAAAAACAAACAAGAAUUUCUGGACAUGGAGGAUUUUCUUCACUUUAGCAACAAAAACAUCAUAAAAACCAGAUAAAAAAUGGAGAAUUAAAAUCCAACGAUACGCAGAUGACAACGUUAUUUAUGUCAAAGCUCAGAAAACUUAAUCUGAGUUUGUUAAUUUGAGCUCAUCCAGUUUAAUAAGGGAUUAUAAUUUCCUCUGAAGUUGGACGAGAGUUUGGUUUGUUUCCUCUGGUUGCCAUGGUGCCUGGAGCGCCGGGCGGCGGUGCAGGCAGCGGCGGGCGCGGCGCCGGCGGACGCUGCCUGCUGCGCUGGCUGGGCCUGCGGCUCUGGUCCCGCCGGGGAACGCUGCUCUUCGCUCUGCUCUGGUUCGGAUCCUGGCUCUUCCUCAACGGCCUGGUUCUGGUCCACCGGACCAUCCUGUCCGACUUCUGCACCGACGACAAGAGCAAGAGGAUCCUGCAGCGUCUGUGUCUGGACUUCAGCCGCGGCUCGCUGAGCGGAGAUCUGUGUGAGGAUCUGUGUGUCGGCGGCCUGGUGGAAUAUCAGCGCUGCCUUUACUACGAGAACGGAAAGAAGGUGAUGGAGGCGCGAUGGAGGGGAAACCGGGUCAUCCUCAAGUCCAAACUGGAGAACUUCUCCUCCUACGAGCCGCUGGGCCUUCUGGACUACCAGGAAGCAGGAGAGGAGCUGUCGGCGCUGGACGUGGUUCUUUACGCCACUCUGGAGGUGAGAAACUCUCUGGGUCUGGCUGAGGAGGAGGAGGAGGAGGAGGAGGAAGAGGAGGGAGGAGGAAGGAACGGCUCCAGCCUGUGGAGGCAGAAACUGAAGCUGAGAGAGAAAAGUUACUCCAGAGCCGAUCUGGGCUCACUGUGGGCCCUGCUGCAGCAGGAGGAGUACACCUUCCUCAGAGUUCUGCAGGACCUCAGCCCCCAUGUGGCCCAGGUUCUGGGCUCCUGCGGCCAUUUCUACGCCGUGGAGUUCCUGUCGGCCGGACACGCCUGGGACCAGAACCUGUUCUCCAUGGACGAGGUGCCGGGUCACGCCGGAGGUUCUGGUCGGUGGAGCUCCAGGCUGGUGGUGCAUCGGAUCGCGCUGAGCUUCAUGGACAUGGUCCGGCACUUCGACGACGACUUCACUCACAAACUGCAUCUGUGUGACGUCAAACCGGAGAACUUUGCAGUCCGGAAGGAUCUGACGGUGGUGGCCAUCGACGUGGACAUGGCGUUCUUCGAGCCCAAGAUGAGGGACAUCCUGGAGCAGAACUGCAGCAGCGACGACGACUGUAACUUCUUCGACUGCUGGUCCAGGUGUGAGGCGCAGCGGCGGCGCUGCAGCCCGCGGCGCCGCAACACCAACCUGCAGGUGAUUUGUGAGAAAAUCUUCAGGCCUUGGUUUUCUCCCACCGUUCUGGGGGCCAAAGCAGGGCUCCCCCUGCAGGUGGAGCUGCAGCGAGCCGUGCAGGACUGCUCCGAGACCGACGGCGGCGCCGGCGACGAGGGCGGAGCCCGCAGGGUCCAUCAGCGCCUCCUGGCCGUCCUCAGAGCCCUGCUGCAGGAGGAAGUGGCUCCUGAGGACAGGAAGUGGACAAAAGACGAAGCGGAGCACGUCCACACGGUGCUGAACUUCUGAGAGGAACCAAACAAAACGUCCUUCAUGAUGAUCGGACUGUUCUGGAGACAAUUCCUGCUGUUUCCAGAACCUCAUCAGAACCUCAUCAUGACAUCAGAACCUUAUCAGAACCUCAGAACCUCGUCAUCACAUCAGAACCUCGUCAUGACACCAACCGGUCAGAUCUGAUCCAGAAAGUCUGGAUAAACGUUCCAAUCUAAAUGUUCUGAAGUUCUGGUCGUUUUCACCAACAUGGAGGAACUUUAGUUUGAUCUGCAGAGAAAAUCCCAGAUAUUUUACAAAAUAAUAUUAAUGAUGUUUACAAAAUAAUCCCAGAUAUUUUCAAAAUAAUAUUAAUAAUAUUUACAAAAUAAUCCCAGAUAUUUUACAAACUGUUUCAAAAUCAAAUGUUUUUGGUUUGGAAACAAAUGUAGCCAAACAACCAGAACGGAUCAGAACCGGACGGGUUCUGAUGGUUUCUUGUUUGUAAUGAGCUUCUUGUUCAUCGGAGUGUAAAUAUGUAAAUAGACGGUUUAUAAAAAUGAUUAUCUUGAUGAAUCUGGGAACCGAACCUGUUCUGGAUCCUGCAGGAUUUUCUUCUUACAGCAGAACUUGGUAACGAUUAGGCUCCGCCCCCUCCUCCUCGUCAGCAAGCCGGUAACCAUGACAACAGAAGAAAAGCCCGUUGGCUCCUGUUUGGCGACUCGUUACCAAGUUCUGCUCCGACCCGUUGGUCUCAGUGAGAUUUAUUCACUUUUUCUCAUUUAAGGAGAAAAUAAAACAUUUUUAGCUUCUGCAAAACUUAUUAAAUAAA